ACGUCUGGACCUGCAUUGGGUGAAGGUGACGUCCUUCCAGCUGAGCUCUACCUGCUUGCCCUAGUCACGCCUUUCGUCCCCCACCCCGUUAUCCGCUCGAACCUGAAUACUAUCAUUAACCUAUCCGCGCCGCUUUUCCCUACUCUUGUUCCACAUGCUCCUCCGCUCCGAUCCCAGCUUACCUUCUAUGCUGCUAUAUUCGCCGCAUUGGAACGUCCUCAGCUGGAAACGCCAGGUCUUGGGAAUGCUUUCGGUUCCAUUCUACAUCUAUGCCUCGACCCUCGACCAAAGGUGCGCAAGAAGGCUGCAGAGCUGGUCAAGGAUGUCCUCGCGAACGCUCCCCCGCCCAUGCUUCGCCAUCCCUAUGCGGACAGGACGGCCGAGUGGGUCAACGUGUCCCUUUUGGAGCUUACGACCGGAGGUUUACCGAAAUUCAAGGGCAAGAAGGCAGAUACAGAAGACUCAGAUACUGCUAUCCACCUGCUAGCCUUCUUGCGUCCUGUCCUUGCCUCCCUACCUUCCUCAUCCCUUCCAGCCAUUUCCGCCUCCCUGCUUACACUUCCACGAUUUAGCAAUUCCUACCUUUCUCAAGCCUCGUUUUCUAUUCUAGCAGACCUUCUCUCUAUCCCAGUAGACGAUCCCACGAACAAUGUCUAUUCGCAAUUGCAGGAUAUCCUCCAGGUCGUGCUCUCUUCAUCUCCUCCCAAGACGGAUUCUACGCUCGUUCCGUCAUGGACCAAUCUGCUCGGUACAGCGAUACAUACGUACCACGCGGCUGACCCCGACGCUUGCGCUUCGAGAAUAUGGGAGGCAUGGAAGGCACUUUGGUCAUUUAUGGAUGCUGCCGACUCGAAUAUCCGUAAACCUGCUACCCAGGCUCUUGAUCUACUCAUCAAGUGCUUCACCCCAACCUUCACUGAGGCUGCUGUCAAGGAACGGAGCGACGACGAAGCCAACUCACCUUUAGGCAGGAUCGUCUCGCAAAUCGGCAAGGCACUUUGUGCUUUAACCUACGCUCGCGCCAUGCCUGAGGUGAUGGCCGUAAUUUCCUCUCUACUAUCUGGCUUGCGGUAUCGGACAAGUGGCAACGGACCUACGACAGCCGAGCUUCUCCUGAUGCCCAUUGUAGUGCAAGUCGCGGAGCUCAGGGUUCAGAAGAGCUUCGAAUUCAAGGAGGCUGCAGAUAACACCUUGAGAACAGCCAUGCGGGUCCUGGGUCCUGAAGUUCUCCUCCGCAGGUUACCUCUAAACCUGGAGCCGGACGAUCGAAAAGCAGGCAGAGGGCCUCGUGCUUUCCUUCUGCCAAUGCUCUCUCAACCUCAUCCUUCGCCACUAUCCCACUUCGUGUUGUACUUUGUUCCCCUGACGGAGAGAAUGUUCGACUUCCAGCAGACGGCAGAGAGCGAGGGACGUCAGUCCGAGGCCAAGGUUUGGGACGUAUUGGUCGAUCAGAUUUGGUCCGGUCUUCACGGGUAUUGCCAUGGGACCGCCGACCUGAAGACAUCGUUAACACCUCAAUUCUCACAACUCCUCUCGCAAUUACUGUAUACUCAGCCUAAGCUCAGACCCACCGUUCUCAAAGCCCUGAAGGUCAUGGUCGACUCUAAUGUUGCUCUCGCAAGUGGCGAUGAGCUCCUGCUUGUCAAGCUUCCGGAGGCUGCACGUGCCUCGCCCAUCAGUCAGAGCGUCGCAAUGAAGAACGUUGCAUUUUUGCGCACGCAGGUAGAGAGCUGGCUUGCCGUGUUUUUCAACGUUUUCAGCAGCGUCGGACGCGACAGCCAAGGCCCUGUCGGUGAUGUAAUUAGUGCUUGGCUGGCUAUUGCCGAGGGCAAGGAUGUCGCAAAGGCGUAUUAUAAGCUUGUUGCACUCCUCAAACAAAACCUCGGCUCUAAGUCUUCUGCGUCACAGGUUGUUGGUAGUCACAAGGACCCAGACAAUGUCGUAUCGAUGACUCUUGAUCUGCUUGUCCUCAUGCUUCCCUACCUGCCCGCCAACGAAGCUCAAGCGCUCUUCGAGAAUUGUCUGUCGAAAGCAAUCCUGGAGAGCAACGAUAACGCUGUCCAAAAGCGUGGCUACAAGAUCCUUGCAAGACUCAUGGAGGGCGGGAAGGUCUCCGUUGAGGCGCAGGCUACCCUCGAGAAGCUAGACAGUUUCCUGGACGGUCUCUCACCUGCUGCCAAGAAGGACCGUUUUACUCUCCUCGGCCAGCUUGUCGCACAGAUUCCCUUGAACAGCUUGCAUCUUAUUCCUUCCAUUAUUCCCGAGGCUGUACUUGGCACCAAGGAGCCAUCUGAGAAGGCGCGGUUGGCGGCUUUUGAUCUUGUCGUGGAGAUGGGCCGUAAAAUGUCGGAGGGCGGUGUUGUACGGCGGGAUCAGGUGGGCGGUAUGGACGAAGGCGUCGCGCGCGAGGCUACCGCCAGCAUUGAGGAGUACAUAACCAUGAUCGCUGGUGGUUUGGCUGGUGCUACACCACACAUGAUCAGUGCGACUGUGACUGCCAUCUCGAGGCUGGUGUUCGAGUUCAGAGACUCUAUUUCGCCUCAGAUGCAUACUGAGAUUUUCACGACCCUGCUCGUGUUCGUCACCUCGAAUAACCGGGAGAUCAUCAAGUCCGCUCUCGGCUACAUCAAGCUCGCAAUCCAUACUAUGCCGGUUGAUCUCCUUCGACCACAUCUCAAGCAGCUGGUUCCAGCGCUGCUCAACUGGUCGCACGACCACAAAAAUCAUUUCAAAGCGAAAGCCCGUCAUAUUUUCGAGCGCAUGAUUCGCAGGUUUGGGUGGGAAGAGGUGUACUCUUGCGCUGGUGAAGAGGAGGCUCGGAAGGUCCUCGUGAACAUCAAGAAGCGCAAGGAUCGUGCGAAAAGGAAGAAGACCCAGAGCGCCGAGAAUGAAGAUAACGAAGAGGUUCCGUCGGCUAAGCCUGCUGUCGGAAACGCGUUCGAGGACGUCCUUUACGGCAGCGAGUCGGAGCUGGACGACAGCGAUGAUGAAGACGCCACUUCGCAGCCUGUCAAAGGCAGUCGCACGCAUCAAGCGACGGGUGCUCGCAUCCGUGCGGAUGAUAACUCGCCUAUGGAUCUUUUGUCUGGCGCCGCAUCUGGUAUCACCAAUGCUAUGACUAAGAAGCGUCGUAAGCCUGGUAAGGACGCUGCUCACUUCAAGACCGACGAGGAGACUGGCAAGAUGGUCAUCGACGAAGAGGAAGCCAUUGAGCAGGAUACGGAGAUGGGCGAAGAUGUUGCUGGUGCUGCGUAUCGCGAGUCUCUCACGUCCGCGGACGGUCUCACACGUGGUCCGAAUGGACGCGUUAAGUUCAACAAAGAUACCAAGAAGCGGCAUCGCGAGGAAAACGACAUGGAGGACGUAGAAAUGGCUGAUGCUCAAACUGCGUCGGGCAAGAAAGAGAAAAAGAAGCACGAGCUCAGACUGGGCCAGGAGUUCAAAGCCAAGAAAGCGGGAGGUGAUGUUAAGAAGGGCGGUGUCGACCCUUACGCGUACAUGCCUCUUGGACAAGCGGCUAAGAAGAAGGGCAGGCGCGAGCGUCUUGGUAUUGCAGGGAAGAGAUGAAGUACUGGUAUCUCGCCUCAUUCAAACAGCAGACGCUGUCAUACAAUUUGCGGUGGCUGGUUUCGAUGCCUCCAUCACUAUUCAUCUCUCUUCAAUACUGCGUCUUAUCCGUCGUCUUCAUUGCUGCGAGCACGUAUUUAGGGUCG